AUGCCAAAGGGACAGACGGCGGCGGCAUACGAUGACGUGACACGAAAGCGCAAAGACGACUGGAGUAGCCAACAAGUGGCGUUUCGGCACUUCAAUAACUUUGUAAAGAAGACAUUAAUUCAGUUUUCUCUCGAUCGCGUAUUGGCCAAUGUGGCUGCCUCGGCAUCAGAGGGAGCUGCAGUUCUCGAUAUUGCCAGCGGACGAGGUGGGGAUAUCGGCAAGUGGUUUUACAUGCAAAGUUCUGCGCAGGGAGAUGCUCGUGCGCCGUCAUGCUCUUUGCACACCACCGUCUACGACUGCUACGACAUCUCCCCCGAGUGCAUCAGCGAGGCGGAGAGACGGUGCAAGGAGAUGAUAGCCACCAUGGAGAGGCCCUCGCGGUGCUGUGCCUCGUUCACCGUGGCUGACUGUUUCUCCGAGUCGUUUCUGCGAGGCACUUUACCCUCCUCCCCGCACUUUGGUCGCUACAACAUCGUGUCGAUUCAGUUUGCAUUCCACUACGCCUGCAGGAGUCUCGAUCUUGUCCGAGACGUCUUCUCGGCUGUCUCCAGCGCUCUCGCUCCAGGUGGUGUGGUGCUCAUCACAACAGUUGACUUAGCGACGCUUUCCAAACGGGCGGCCGAAGGCAUGAUGGGCAACGAGCUGUACAGCAUCACUUUCCCCAAUCCGCCCGAAUACACCACAGUCUCCGACGGUAGCACCGUGCUUGUCACGGGCACCGAAUACCACUUUCGUCUGGAAGGCUUCGUAGACUGUCCCGAGUACGUGGUGCCGUACGAUGCGGUGGUGCAAAUCGCGAGUGAGGCGCAGCUGUGCCUUUGUGAGUCCAUGUCGAAGCCUUUCUCCGAGUUUGUGCCGCACUACUCCGCAAACUGGAAAGCGAACAGGGGCAACAGGCUGAGUCAGGCAGAGCUGGAGCUUGUAACCUUGUACCGCACUCUCUGCUUCGAGAAACCGAAUGUGGCACACUAG